AUGGACGAUCUGCUCGACCUGACGUGGCAGCCGUCGAGUGCUUCCCACAGCUCGACUCAGCCAUCCCAGCCAUCGAAAUCAGCAUAUAAACCACCCAACUACCACACGCCCCCACUCUCCUCCAGCCCGGCUCCUGCUCCUGCUCCCUCCAAGGCGGUCCCAGCUCCAGCUCCAGCCACAGCCACAGCCGACACCGACGCCUUCUCGUCGCUCUUUGCCCCCUCCUCCUCUUCUUCCACCAAGCAGCAGGCCAAUCUCAGCCUCGCCCAGCGUCAGCAACUCGCCCAGCAACAAGCGCGCAACAAGGCGGACGACGAAAAGCGCAGGAACGAUGCACUCUGGUCCGGUAUCGAUUCGUCCGCCUGGAUCCAGCCCGCCGCCGCCUCUCGCCCGUCGAGCGCGGCAAACGCAGCCAGGCCCACCACGCAGCCAUCGGAUCCGUGGGACUUUGACUCCUUCACCGCUCCCUCCUCCAAGCCGUCAGCGCCCGCACUAACCACGACCCAGCCAACGCCCACGAAAUUGCAUUCGACCACCGCCGCCGCCAACAACGACCCGUUCGACUUUGAUGGCUUCCAACCCUCCCUCCCAGCCCCAACCGCGGCGCACGUGGACCAGUCCGACGACAUUCUCGGCGCACUCGCCAUGCCCGUAUCCGAGCUCAAGCCUUCCAGACCACACGACCAUCGCGUCGCGGCGCUCUCCUCGUCUGCCUCGGCAUCGUCGUCGGCAGACAGCUCUAGGGGCAAGGCGCGUCAGGCGGCUGCACCUCCGACCGCGGGCGUGGCUGCGGCUGCGGCUGCGGCGGCCAUGUCGUCGGCUGCCAGUGCGCUCUUCGGCGCGCGACGCGACGAGGCUGCAUCCAUCUCGCGGCAGCACAGCCCGGCGGGCGCAUCGCCGCAGCUGCCCACGCGGCCUGCUGCGGCACCCAAGGCGGCGUAUGCGUCUCCCCACCGUCGCGGUCCCACGCGCAGUUCCACUGCUUCGCCUGCGCCCCCCACCGCACUCAAGCGCCGUGCGAUCCCGCGCGAGGCGUCGCACACCAUCUCGUCGGCCGCGCGCAACAAGGACGAGGGCAACGACCAUUUCCGGCGGGGCGCCUAUGCGGAUGCCGAAGCGAGCUACACGCGCGGCAUUGCAGCUCUCGAAUCGAGCUCGUUUGAUUCGGUUCGGCUGGUGCCUCUGCUGAGCAACCGCGCCAACGUGCGGUUGAAGAACGGCGAUACGGCCGGGACGAUCGGCGACUGCGACCGGCUGGUGGGCAUUGUGCUUGCGCCGUUCGGUGGGGGCGAGCGCGAUGCGAGCGGGAGGGUGGCCGUGUAUCGACCGAGCCAGGAGGCGGAUUUGCCGGCCGAGUUGGGCGACGUGAAGCUGCGCGAGACGUUUGGCAAGGCGCUCGUGCGGCGCGCGCAGGCGCUCGAGGCGAGCGAACGCUGGAAACUCGCCCGUGCCGACUGGGCUGUGCUGCUCGAGUACGAACAGCUCGAAGGCUCGGGUGUGCGCACCACCACCUCGCACCUCACAUUCGCACGCCAGGGCAUGGAGCGCUGCUCGCGGAUGCUCAACCCCACCUCGCGCGUUGCUGCGUCGCAACCCAAACCCAAACCUGCUGCUCCUCGACGUCCCCCCGCCACCGCCAGUACGGGAGGGGUGGGAGGCGAGGCGAGUGCGGCCUUUGCGCAGCAGCAGCAGAAAGCGGCGGUGGAAGAGAGCGAGAAGUUUGCGCUCAAGGACGCGGUGGAUGCCAAGAUCGACGCGUGGAAGCGCGGCAAGGAGACCAACCUGCGCGCGCUCCUCUCGUCGCUCGACACGAUCGUGUGGCCGGAGCUGGGGUGGAAACCGAUUGCGCUCCAUCAGGUGCUCGACGCCGCAGGGCUCAAGAAGAACUACACGCGCGCCAUCGCCCGUCUCCACCCGGACAAGAUCCAAUCCUCGGCCACCACCGAGCACAAGAUGAUCGCCGCGGCUGCGUUCCAUGCGCUCAACGAGGCGUGGAAUGCCAGCCAGUCCUAG